ACCCGGAAGUAGUAGUAGUGUUUACAAUUUGAGUCAGCUGACUUCCUUUCACCUGACUGAUAAUAGCUUGUAAUAUGUUUCUGCAUGUAGUCUGUACCGAGUUGCUGGCUUCUUCACUCUGACUGAAAUCCUUAAAUCAGCACAAUAUCCAGUUUAGAGGAUGCUACAUUAGCAGUUUGUUUAGCUAGCGGCUGCUCUACAGAGGCAAAUAUCAGGGUUUAUUUUCCAAAGCAACGUUCAGGAGACUUUCUAAUGCUGGAGAAGAUUGCUAAAGAUGUUGGUGACAUCCAGUCCAGACUGUUGGACCACAGGCCUGUUAUCAGUGCAGAAGUUCGCUACUUUGUCAGAGAGUUUGAGGAGAAGCGAGGCCUGAGGGAGACUCGGCUUUUGGAGAACUUGAAUAAAACGGUGCAGGAGACAAACGAGCAAAUGGUGCCCGCUAAUUUACAGGAAAUGAGCCAGAAACUAUCUGACAUCAGUAAGCGCUUGGAGGCUGCUAAUCACAUGGCAGAGAGAGUCCAGCAGAGGGAGCUAGAGAUCCAACAGAGCUCCCAGCUGCAGUCGAACAUGGAGAAAUUGAAAGAGGACUGGGCGGAGUUUCUGAAGGAGCAGCAGAGGCUAAAGGAAGAGGUGGAUGAGGAGCACGCUAAGGCUGUUGGAGAAAUAAGCACUCGCUUUAGUGAAAAGAAGAAGGACUUGGCACAAUUUUCUCUCUGAUCGCUUUUCUAUUGUAUCAACACUUUAUUAAACAAAUGGCAACCAGUUUUUAUCUAAUUGUAAAAUGUAUUGUAUUCUCCAUGUCAAACCAUUAAUUUUGUGUUGCUGUGUUUAGUGUUAAGAUACAUCUAUGAUGUCACCAUUUGCAGCAUAAUGCAUUUGACUUGAUUUGAUACUGUUUCAAUAUGAUGUUAAUAAAAGAAAUGCACAGAA